AUGAAAUUCAUUUUAGUUGCACUUUUGUGUUUGGCUUUUGUAAGUGCUAUGGAACUUGAAGGUGACUAUCAACUUGAUAAUGGAUUUGACUUAAAAGAAGAAAAUAUUGAUGACAAUAAUGAUGAAUAUGAAUUAGAAGAUGAUGAAUAUGAAUUAGAAGAUGAAGAAGAAGAAGAAGAAGAUGAUGAUGAAGAAGAUGAAGACGAAGACGAAGAAGAUGAUGAUGAUGAAGACGAAGAAGAUGAAGAAGAUGAAGACGAAGAAGAUGAUGAAGAAGAAGAAGAUGAUGAUGAUGAAGACGAAGAAGAAGAUGAUGAAGACGAAGAAGAAGAUGAUGAAGACGAAGAAGAAGAUGAUGAUGAAGAAGAAGAUGAAGAAGAAGAUGAAGAAGAAGAAGAUGAAGAAGAUGAAGAAGAUGAAGACGAAGAAGAAGAUGAUGAAGAAGAAGAAGAAGAUGAUGAUGAUGAUGACGAUGAAAGAUGGAGAAGAAGAAGACACCACAGAAGACACUCACGAAGACAAAGCACUACAGAAGACACCCAUGGAGACAUCACAGAAAGCACCACAGAAGACACCCAUGGAGACAUCACAGAAAAGCUUCAAGAAGAAACCACAAGAUCAACAGAAAACAUGUAA